ACACUUUGAAAAGUGGUCCUAGUGAAGUCGGAAGCAUAAAUUUUGCGCUUUGGUUAGUUGAACCAAAAAAUAAAAUGGAUUCAGCUGGAAAUUCUACUCCGUACUUAAGUUUAGAGGAAAAUCCAACUUCCAUAAGUGUCCAAGCUGAUGGGCUGAAUGUGAUGAAUACCACCCAAGCUGGGGUUUUGGAGAAUGAUCAUCCACUUCUGGAGAGGUUCCAACAGGCUCUGAAGGCUCACCUAUUGCGGGUGAAAGAUCAGUUGGAACAGGAAAUCUCGGAAUUGGACCACCGUUUGGACCAAAAUGAGAAAGAAUCCGAAGAAGUGGGGGCACGACUGUACGAUCUACAGGAGGAGAUCGACAGUCAAAAAGAACUUCUUGAUAUCUACAACAAGGAAAUUAUGGAAGUAUCAGCCAGAAGACAGGCCGAGGAGCAGAAGGUGGCUAAGUACAGAAAGGAGUACGAAGAAGAGAGUCAUAACUUCAAAGAGUUUAAGAAAAUCCACAAUGAACAUCUCCAAGAGCUAGACAAUUUGACCAUUUUGGAAAACGAAUUUUCCAAGUGGGACAAAGAGAUCAAAGCGGAAAUCGCUGUUGCAAAAAGGGUUGCCAGCAAGGAUGCCAAGGACCAGUUGAUAGCCGCUGAGGAAAGGCGCAAGAUGGACUUUUUGGUGUUCAAUUUGGACGGCGAAGUUCGUCGUAAGGAACGGGAGUUGGCCGAAAUAGAGCAGCAAAUCACGGAACAACAAAAUGCCACCGAUGAGAUAAACACUAGCUUGGCCGAUGCUAACUCGGAUCUGGAAGCACUACAACAUGAACACAAGCGAUUGUUCCAAUCGUGGGGCGAAGUAAUCGUUGCCAUUCAGCAACGGGACAAAAUUUUAUCCAAAGCGAAAGAAGAACUGGAAGGUAUUCACGAAGAGCAUAAAGUGAUUAAAUCUAAAACGGAUAUUACCAAAAAGAGUGCCCUGAAAGAAAUGGAACAGAACGAGAAGUUAUCCGGAUUCAAGUCCCGGAUCCAAGGAGAUAUCAAUGUUUUGAUGAAAGAAGUUGCUGACGAACAAGAGGAAGAAGAAAGAUUAAUAAGAGAAGUAAACCACCAAGCUAUGAUCCUGGAGCAGACCGAAGCCGAUAUGUUGAAAGCUCAGCAAGAGAGCGUCAUGAUAGAGAAUCAGCUGAAAUCGCUCCGCAUUACUUUGGGCAAACAGAACCAAAAGAAAUUUGAGUUCGAAGAAAAGAUCCUGGAGUUGCUGCAAGAUCAAAUCAGCACCGAUAAGGCCGGUGACGCUCAGGGAAAAUCCCUUAGAGAAACUCAGGCUAAGCGUCGAGAGAUGGAAAUUGCCAUGUCCGAGACUGAAAAUCAACUCUCGAUCGUAUUAUUGGAUCUGGAGAAAUGGCGUGGCGUAGUUGAGAAGUCCAAAUUGGAUGUUCAGAAAAUAAAGAAAAGUCAUGAUAAUAUGGAGGCGAGCGCGAGGAAAUUCGACGAAGAGAUAAAGUUCGUCAAGGAGGCAAUUAGCACGAAACUCCGGAAGCUGGAUACUCUCAAUCGUCAGCUGGAAAAGUUGAUUCACGAUGCUGGCGGCCAGGAGUUGAAUCCCGACGAGCUUAAACUGCUGGAUGUGCAGUACAAUAUCUCCCAGUUGAAUGCUAAGAUAAAGGAAGCCCAAGAAGCGUGGUUGAAGCUUCAAAAUAGUUUGGUGGUGUUAUCGGAAAAGCGUAUUCAACAGCUUAAUGAGAUGAAUUAUUCCCGAAAAAAACUUUUGUUGAUUGAGCAGAAGGGAAUAAAAAUAGAAACAACGCUGGAGGAAUUGAUGAACGAAAAUCGUGAAAUUGUGCGAUCGUUAUCAGCCUUGAACACUAGGCUGGACACAAUCAGUUUGGAUCUUUUCAAGACCAAAAAGCACCAUGAGAAAGGUGAAAUGGAAUGUGAAAUUUCUCACCAGCAAACAACGGAUCGUCUGAAAGACGCGGAAAUGACUGUCCUGAACUUGGAACAGGACCUCAAAGACUUGGGGAAAGAAAUUGAUGAAUGUAAACAGGAGGUGUUGGAAAAGCACCGGGAAGCACUAUCCUGGGAAACCAAAUACAAAAUGUCAGCUGAAGCCAAAAAGUUUAAAGACGAUGAAGCAGCUCAGAAUAGCGAAAUUGGAAUAAUGAAGGCCGAAAUACACCGUAUGCAAGUCCGAUACGCGCAGCUCAAACGGAUGCAGGAAAAGUUGGUAUCGGAUCUGGAGAAUACGGUACAUCAUCGGGAACACAUUUUUGAUUCGGUAAACGCUCGCGAGAAGGUUUACGGUAGCAAGUUCAAGACUAAGUCUACCAUGCAGCACAAAAUCAAUGAAUUGAAAAACAAGCUGAAGCUGGUAUUUGGAGAAAUAUCGGACACGGAGAAAAAUUUGGUGGAAAUUGAUACGGCCCAGAAACUGCUACAGGCAGAUAUUGAGAACAAAAAGGUGCAGAUAGAUGAAGAGAAAAUUCAAACAAGUUUGAUAAAGGCGGAGAUAGAGCAAGCUACGUUGCUGAAACAGGAGAACUUGGACUACAUCGUGCGUCAUCAGUACCGUGCCCGGCGUUAUCGCUCCUUCACGAACGCAAAUCAGCUGCCCAAAUUUCGCAACGAAAUCCUCAUCCAGGCGGACCUUCAGCGGCAACGUGAGAUCAACGAAAGCAUCGUCGGGAUAGUGGAAAACUUGAUACAUGAUUUUCCGGCACAUAAGUUUAACCUAUCGAAAAUUUUGCAAACUUUGAAGUAUGCUUGAAUUGAAUCACUGGUUUGUCAUAAGGUUUUCUAAGGUUUGAGAUUCAGCAACAAUAAUAAUGCACAGCCGCUUUAUUAAAACAAAAAAUGUAUUUCAAAAUUAUUCCAUAAAUAAAGCAGUACGUUUUUCUUAAA